CACUCCAUGUCCAAUGCAAGAUCAUGUGUUAGCCAUUGCCCCCCACCUUAGAUUUUCACAAGGAGAUGGCCCACCACAUGAACACUCCUCUCCUUACUUUGAUCUUCUUCUUGCUAGCUUCACAUGCUUAUGUUCAAGUUGCACGUGCCGCCGGCGAGUGUGGCAACACGCCGAUCAACAUGGCGGCUGCUAGCCUGAUCCCAUGUGCCGGCGCGGCCCGGAAUCUGACGGUCCAGGUCCCACCUGCUUGCUGCUCAAAGAUAACAGCAUUGCUUGGAAACUCACCACAGUGCCUGUGUGCUGUUUUCUUAUCACCCCUAGUGAAACAAGUGGGGAUCAACCCCGCGACGGCGAUCACCGUCCCGAAGCGGUGCAACAUCAAGAAUCGGCCCGUCGGGAAGAAAUGUGGAAGUUACACGCUUCCAUGAGGAUAUGAAGAAAGUGGGCCAUGGAAGGAAUGGAUGGUUAGAUCUGAUGUUUUGAGAAGAUAACAUGCCUUCAAUAAAAGUUGUUACAUGGUAGUGUGAUAUGAGAGAUUAACCACUUGUAACAAUGACAAUCUUAAUAAUGUGUUAUGGUAGAAGUGUGUUGUUUUUAA